CUGGGCAUGUCUGGUUUUUGUGGCAGAAUCAUUUUGCUCUGUUGAACUAGUACUGCUCAUUUUGCUUGCCAUUAGCUUGCCAGAUACUGGUAGAUUUGUUUUCCAUGGCAGUUGUUUGAAACUUUUUGAGGAGAUUUUCGCUUGCAAGAAAGUGGGCUUGAUGGCAAGACAGUCUGGUAUGACUCCAGAAUACAAAUAUAUAUUGUAAGUGUAUAUGUAAAAAACCUCCAGUUUCAGUGAAAAAUAAAAAAGGGUGAAAAAGAAACCAUGAAAGCAGAGCUGCUGUUGGUUAAAAUAAAGGGUUUGAGCCUCAGAUGUGAGCUUACCGUGUGUUUAACCUAUGACAGUUUCUUUCAGAUGUGAUGUUAUCAAAAUGAUCAUGAAAGUGCUCAGUACUGACAUACUGUAAUGGUGACUAUGCAUUUUUUUUUCUUAUUAUGAUUGUAAGUUAGAGUAAGGGUUGGAGUUUGGUUUUGUGUCUGCCCUCUUUACUGUCCAUUAGUGAUUAAAAGGAAAACAAUUUACCGUGACUACAUUUAACUGGAGGUUCUGGUGCAGUUGAGCCAUGCAUUACUGUACUGAGUUUAAUGUAAUUUCUUCAGUUUUAUUGAAAGGUGGCUGUUCAGGGCGUAUAGAAAUUCCACCUGGAUAGCUCGCAAUAGGUAAAGAGUAUACUCACUUUCCCCUGAAUUACAUGAAUCAAUUUAAGAACAGAAUCAUAAAGAAGAUGCAAGAAGAGCUAUGUGACAAUGCAUGCAAAGUAUUUGGUUAGUAGCAUUUUUUUUUUUUUUUAAUUAUCUCUUUCCAUUAUUGGGUAAAUGAUGGAGAGUAAAUUUGGUGAUUAGGUGGCUUUCUACGGUGGCAUGAAAUUCCUGAUAUUUGCAUGAUGACAAAGGAUUCCUCUAAGAAAGAAGACAAACAGAAAAGUGGGACAGGCACUGGCCUGAUUUAAAUGAAGGAGACUUUUAUUUAUUUGCUUAUUCUUUUGAAACAGAUGGCAUUUUAGGUUUCUCUUCCCACAAAUCAGUGGAUUUAGUAAAUGAAUGCCUAAAAUGGGAAUGAGACACUGCUUUCUGGAAGAACCAGGAGCCAGUUCAGACUGCAUCAGGAAGUCAAGAUAGUUUACACUUGAAGAGUACUUGGACAAAUCUAGGACACCUGUUAACUUGACUCAAGCUGGAAAUCUUGUGAAAAGCUGAGCAUUUGCUGCUUGGGUGCUGGGAAAACCUUCUGCUUUCAGGUUAUCAGAGAUGGUGAUUUGAAGAAUCAGGUUUCCGAUAUGAACAAAGUAAGAACAUCUGAAAAAAGUGUUUCCACUAGUUCUCGGACUAUGUCUCUGCUGUCACAGCUGGAGAAGAUCAAUUUGGGCUCUGUAUUAGGAGAAGCAGACAGUGCCAGAUAUGUUACCUCAAAGAUACUUCAUCUGGUUCAGAGUCAAGAAAAAACCAGGAAGGAGAUGACUUCUAAGGGCUCCACUGGAAUAGAAGUUAUCCUGUCAACCCUAGAGAAUACAAAAGAUCUUCAAACUAUUCUAAAUAUAUUGAAUAUUCUCAUAGAGGUAAUUUCAGUUGGUGGUGGUCGAAGGGCAAGCAUCUUGGUCACUAAAGGAGGGACGCAGAUCUUAUUGCAGCUGCUUUUGACUGCCAGCAAAGACUCUCCACCAAAUGAAGAAUUAAUGGUGCUUCUUCAUACUCUUCUUGCAAAAAUUGGGCCAAAAGACAAAAAGAUUGGCAUGAAAGCAAGAAUUAAUGGUGCCCUAAACAUAUCAUUGAAUUUAGUGAAGCAGAAUUUGCAGAACCACAGACUAAUAUUGCCAUGUCUUCAAGUAUUAAGAGUUUACUCAACCAACUCUGUAAAUGCAGUGUCCUUGGGAAAGAAUGGAGUUGUAGAACUGAUGUUUAAGAUCAUUGGCCCUUUUAGUAAAAAGAACACUAGCCUUAUGAAGGUUGCUUUAGACACACUUGCUGCAUUGCUAAAAUCAAAAACAAAUGCCAGGAGAGCAGUAGACAGAGGAUAUGUUCAGGUGCUUUUAACGAUUUAUGUUGAUUGGCACCGUCAUGAUAGUCGACACAGAUAUAUGCUGAUACGUAAAGGUGUUUUACAGUGCAUUAAAAGUGUUACAAACAUCAAAUUGGGAAGAAAAGCAUUCAUUGAUGCCAACGGGAUGAAAAUUCUUUAUAACACCUCACAAGAGUGCCUUGCAGUAAGAACUCUUGAUCCCCUUGUGAACACAUCCAGCCUAAUAAUGAGAAAAUGUUUUCCUAAAAAUCGUCUUCCAUUACCAACUAUUAAAAGUGCUUUCCAUUUCCAACUCCCAGUUAUUCCUGCCAGUGGUCCUGUGGCUCAGCUGUACAAUUUGCCUCCUGAUGUGGAUGAUGUAGUAGAUGAAAGUGAUGAUAACGAUGAUGCAGAAACAGAAUCAGAAAUUGAAACUGAAAAUGAGGAUGACAAGGACCAACAUUUCAAGAAUGAUGAUAUUGAGACUGAUAUUAAUAAAUUGAAACCUAGACAGGAAUUGGGAAGAGCCUUAGAAGAACUGAAAAUGUACGAACAAUUCUUUCCAGAACUUUCAGAAAACUUUCAGGAAUGUGACUUAGUUUCCAAGGAACCAAAGCCUUUUGUACCUGAUGCAAAUCUGAGUGGACCUAUUGUUGUUCCUACAGCAGGAGAGGAGCACUCUGCUGAAGCAAAACAGUCAACAAAAGGAGUUGCUUUAAAGGAGAGCAAUCCUUUAUUGACAGAGGAAUACAAUAGAAGGCCAGCCUUUCUGGAACUACCAAAGAAAGAGAGUAUCAAAGACAGUAGUUUACAUCAGCAAAAUGAUCAAAUAAACCUAUCUCCAUCCUGCCAGUGUCUAAGCCAAGAAAUUGUGAAAGGCUUAGACAGAAUGAGUUUGCAGAACAGUGCAAAAAAUGAUCAGUGUUAUGGUACAGCAUGUGUAAUAACGAAGGAAAACAAAACUAGCCUUACCACACUUGCUUGUAGUAAACCUUGUGAACAUGUUUCAGCCUGUGGAAGUAGCCUCUUUGACGGAUCAUCUGUCCACCUGGGAAAACUCUGCUGCACUGGAGUGGAUUCAGAGGAGGAAGAUUCCAGAUCUAGUUCAUCAGGGGAACAAGUUAUGCUUGAAGUUUCUGAUGUAUCACCAGUUCAUGACUGUGAUCUUUAUAUUGAAAUGGUAAAAACCACAAAGUCUAUUCCUGAAUAUUCAGAAGUGGCCUAUCCAGAUUAUUUUGGCCAUAUUCCACCCCCAUUUAAGGAGCCUAUUCUGGAAAGGCUAUAUGGGGUGCAGAGGACAAAAAUAUCUCAAGAUAUUGAAAGACUGAUUCAUCAGAAUGAUAUUAUAGACAGAGUUGUUUAUGACCUUGACAAUUUGAGUUGUUUAGUAGCAGAGGAAGCAGAUGUUUUGAAGUUUAAUUCCAAAUUUGAAUCUGGAAACCUGCGCAAAGUUAUUCAGAUCAGAAAAAACGAGUAUGAUCUAAUUCUGAACUCGGAUAUAAAUAGCAAUCAUUAUCAUCAGUGGUUUUACUUUGAAGUCGGUGGAAUGAAAACUGGCAUUGGUUACCGGUUUAACAUCAUCAACUGUGAAAAGUCGAACAGUCAGUUUAACUACGGUAUGCAGCCCCUCAUGUAUUCUGUUCAAGAAGCAUUAAAUUCUCGACCAUGUUGGACUCGUGUUGGGACAGAUAUUUGUUACUAUAAGAAUCACUUUUCAAGAAGUUCAAUUGCUGCUGGAGGCCAGAAAGGAAAAUCUUAUUACACAAUUACAUUCACUGUAACUUUCCAACAUAAAGAUGAUGUCUGCUACUUUGCAUACCAUUAUCCAUAUACAUACUCAACUUUAAAGAUGCAUCUUCAGAAGCUGGAAUCUAUGCAUAACCCUCAACAGAUAUAUUUUCGACAAGAUGUUCUCUGUGAGACUCUGGCUGGCAACAGUUGUCCCUUAGUCACUAUUACAGCCAUGCCAGAGUCUAAUUACUAUGAACAUAUCUGUCAGUUCAGGAAUCGUCCUUAUAUUUUCCUAUCUGCUCGUGUACAUCCUGGGGAGACUAAUGCAAGCUGGGUUAUGAAGGGAACGCUGGAAUACCUUAUGAGCAAUAACCCAAGUGCCCAAUGUUUACGAGAAUCUUAUAUUUUCAAAAUUAUUCCCAUGCUCAAUCCAGAUGGUGUCAUCAAUGGAAACCACCGUUGCUCUUUAAGUGGAGAAGAUUUAAACAGACAGUGGCAAAAUCCAAAUCCAGAUCUGCAUCCCACUAUUUACCAUGCUAAAGGGUUACUUCAAUAUCUGGCUGCUAUAAAACGUUUACCUUUGGUCUAUUGUGAUUAUCAUGGUCACUCUCGAAAGAAGAAUGUAUUUAUGUAUGGCUGCAGUAUCAAAGAGACAAUGUGGCACACUAAUGUUAAUGCUGCUGCUUGUGACCUGAUGGAAGACCCUGGUUACAGGGUACUCCCCAAGAUCCUGAGUCAAACUGCCCCAGCUUUCUGCAUGGGCAGCUGCAGCUUUGUAGUGGAAAAGUCCAAGGAAUCAACAGCACGAGUUGUUGUCUGGAGAGAGAUAGGAGUACAAAGGAGCUAUACAAUGGAGAGCACUUUAUGUGGAUGUGACCAGGGCAAAUAUAAGGGAUUGCAGAUAGGGACAAGAGAACUGGAGGAGAUGGGAGCAAAGUUCUGUGUUGGCUUACUGCGUUUAAAAAGAAUGUCCUCACCUUUGGAAUACAGUCUGCCUUCUAGUCUGUUGGAUAUUGAAAAUGAGCUGAUGGAGUCAAGCUGUAAAGUGACAAGCCCCACUACAUAUGUUUUGGAUGAAGAUGAACCUCGCUUCCUUGAAGAAGUUGAUUACAGCGCAGAGAGUAAUGAUGAUCAAGAUGCUGAAUUAGCUGAUAAUGUGGGUGAUUAUGAGGCAACUAAUCAAGAAGAUGGACUUUCAGACUCAGAUUCAACAAGGAUACUCCUUUCUUGAACCAGCUUUGCAGCCGGUAAUAGGAAGUUAAGUAUCCUGGCUUUUGUAGUCAAGUACUUUCUUGCUGUUGUCUACCAUGGGGAUAUACUUAAGGAAACACAGAUACCUGGGGCGUGCCUAGCUCAAAGACAAUAAAUAUUUCUGAUAAAUUGUCAUUUUCUUUAUUUAAGGACUUCUGUGUUUUCUUUUAGCACUGAAUAGAUAAACUUAUUUACCAGUUCAUUUUCUACUAAAUAUCACCACGUGGCAUUUUGUGUCCUUAAAUCCUGUCUUCAGAAAAAUUAAUUAUAAUUUAUGGUGUGUCAGAGUACAGAAAUUCUUUUGUGGUACGGUUCUUUGAGUUGCUUCCUGAAAAAUACAUAUGUACAGAUUUUCUAAAUUAAUUUGUGUAUGUGUGUGUAUAUGCGUGUCUGUAUACUGAGCUGAAGAGGUUAUUUUUCACAUUAUUUCAAAGAUACUCAAUUGUGUUUGAGGUAAUGUAGUGCCUGCUCUGGAACCAUUCGAUAAUUACUAAAUUAAAAAUGAAAAAGCAAUGUAUGAAUUGUUGCACUUGUUUCUUGCUUCUGAGGAUUAUAUGGUUUUGCCACAGUACUAGGUGAUUUCAGUUUAGGAAUUCAGUUUAGGAAUUUUGUGCACUGAUCAACACAGCCUGUGCUUAUAAGAACAAUACACUGUAUAAAAUUCAAUCCCAUUAAAUAGGCAUGGUUUAAUAUGAGAAGGUUUGGGUUUUGUAAGUAUGCAUGACUACCAGAACUGAUUAGAUAUGUACACUGUUCAGCUACCCAGUUGCUCCAUUUUUCUCGUUCAAUAUGCAUGUAGUUAAAAAGCAUUCACUUUACUGGGGGCACAUUAACUAUAUACCCGAUUCAAAUGCUCUGAGAGGGAAAGUGCAUUUUGGUUUAAACAUCUUUUGCCUGGUUUCAAUCCAGUGUUAACCCUGUUCUGAGCAGGAGAUUGGACUAUAACCUCCUUCCAGCCUGAAUAAUUAUUCUGUGACUCUGUAUUCUUCAUGUUUAAAGUCAAGCUGUCAGGCAUGGGAUUUACACUUCUUCAUCUCCUGUCAUCUACCAAUUCUCAUUGCCUCUUGCCUCUGCUUAGAAUAAGAUCUAACAGAGAAAUGAAGUUGUACCCUGUUGUUUACAGAACUGACAUGUUUUGCAAUGAAAAAUUUUUUUCCCAAAUUAUUUUUACUUGAUGUGACCCAGUUGUGGCAUACAUUUUCUGCUGCAUGUGCAAGGGCUUUAAGAGCAUGAAGAAUAACACUUCUAAGUUACCACAGGUUUUUAACUGAUGAGAACUUUGUGAAUGUUUACUGUUACAAAUCAAACUGUACUUUGGAGGGGAAGUGUGCCUUUGGUAGAAGGAUUAAAGAAAGUAAGUUAUCAAUGAUUCUCAAUCAGGAGAUGGAUUUUCACCAGGAUCUGCUGUUUCAAAUGCGGCAUUGUUUGGUGAUGCCUGUCCAUAUCAUCCUGAUUCUGAUACUAGGGAAAGGUUUUUGAUUCCUUGGAUAUGCUACUAUAUUUUUGUUUAAAGGCUUAAAUUUAUAUUAAUAUUCACGCAGGUUUGAGAUGUAAGGGUAUAGCGAAACAUUUACAUUCUUGUCCCUUUAGAAGUCUCUCUCUCUCUAGUGAAAAUUAUCAUUCCUGGCGUUCCAUGAAUUACAUACAGUAAAUAAGAAAGUUUAUUUAAUACCCUGUUGAAGAGGAGCCCUCUGCAUUGGAAUUGUAGAGGAAUUUUCGUCCUUGAGGAUUUGUACUUCAGUACCUUACAUAAAUAAUUUUUACUUAAAUUUCCCCUUAGUUUUCAUAUGAACCUGUAUUAAUCCUGGAACACUAUUUUCAUACUACAGGCAAGACUAGAAAUGUACUUCAUCCCUUUAAAAAGAAUUGUGACUUAGUAGUACAAACCCAUGUUUUCAUCAUGAGUAAAUAUGCAUGUAUGUUCUUCUUAUAUCUUCUACAGCUGUUAGUGUGUGCAAAGAAGGAGUUAUUCAUAACUUUUAUAAUGGCUCAGUUUAAUAGGCACUCUCCUAAAACAAUAAUGUGUUUUUACACUAGAUUCUAAUGCACUUGUGCAUUGGAGUAGAUGUAUGCGUUUUAUUAGAUAGGAUGUCAGUCUGGCAGGGGUGGGUCCGAGUUUUGAUUCAAGAGUGAAGGUUUGCCCUUACCUUACACAUUGUUGGAAAUGCAAAGGCCGUUACCUCUUACACAUUUUGUGGCACUUCUUAACGUGCCUUCUGAAAGGCAGAGUCUCCAUUUGUGUUCACAGGGAUGACGGUUCAUGGAAGAACUACCACAGUGGUAGCAGCUUCAGACUGUUUAUGUGACUGUUUAUACUUCUCUGCUACACGUUGCCAUUGUUGCAGUGGUGUUGGCAGACACAUACUGGUUUUCCCUGUGAACUGUUUUAGUGGGAAGUCUGGUGUUUAGAUGAAAAUGGAAUAGCUGAGGCUUGAGCACACACUCCAUUCUGUUUCUGUGGCAUUUGUCCAGAAUAAAUGGGCAGAAUGGAUAGCAAAGAAUGACAGCUUCUUGAACUGUCACAGAUCGGUCACCUAGCAUAGCCUGUCCACACAAUAGACUGUUUUUAUUUUAUGCAUUGGCAAUCCAGUGUGUUUCUGGUUUUAAAUGAUGCUCUUACUAUAAGCAUGACUGAUUCUGUAUAGGAAGAGAACAUAUUCUUAUAUCUUUUUCCAGUAAUAACAAGAAAUAAGAUUAUAAACCAUAAUUACAUCUGUUAUUUACUGUCUUGCUUCUAAAUAAUUGCUGGAUGAUUAAUUACUUUAUUCCCUUCCCAGGUAUAAUUCAAGUUUGCAGCACAAAUUUUGGUAUUGUGUCUUCACUGGUGACAUACCCUGGUGUAAUGUAACUUACAGCUAAGACUGUAGUUUGUGCCAAAAUCUUGCCUGACUGUUUUUGGAGGUGGAUUGCUUUAUCAGCCUGACUUAUCAGGGAGAACUGGUUCGAAUCUGAAGUAAGACUGGAGUAGCAGUAAACACUGUUCACAAAAUGCAAAAAUUCAAGGUUUCAGAUAGUUUCUAUUGUAAUGCUGUGAUAGAUACAAUUGUUACAGUGUUGUUAUGCAUGGCCCAAAUAACAAUACUUAUUAAUAAAAAUACUUAAUAAAGAAUUAAUUACAAUCAA